ACAUAUGUGUUCCACGAAGUAAACAAAACAUGAUUGGAUGUUUCACAAAGUAAACAAAAUAUGAUUGGAUCCCAAUUCGUGAUCUGUAAAACAAUCCAAUCUUUUAUUUAGCCGUUUCAUUUAGUUAUGCUUACACAGUAAUUCAGUGACUGAAUUUAUAGCAGGUCGUUUGUUUUUCAACGUGUCGCUUUCUAGAUAGAAUACAAACUUGUAACGAAGCUGCAAAGACAGCAAAAUGACUUGAUUGAGUGGAGCCCUCGCGGAUUUCACCUGAUUGUUUGCUACCUCUAAGACGGUACUGAGGGAUUCAGUUUCCCAGCACCCUGUCGCGUUACUCGCUGCUGGCUGUCAAUAAAUGUAAAGACAACAGCGUCGCUAAGUAUUUCUGCAUGUGCUUCAUAACUUUGAUGACCUUAUUAGAUAAAGUACUUUAUUGAAAGUAAGUCGUUUCCGUGUUUUGCGAGCUCAAACUGUGAUUUCCACCAGAGGAGCGUGAAAUGCCGAUGACGCUGUGAAAUGAAUUGAAAAGGGAAGCGAAACUCAAGGCGGCUGGUGUGAACGUAAACCAUAGAGAGCGAAGCCAAAACAGAAAGCAACGUUUAAAGUCGCGCACACGUUAAGUAUCCUGCUGUGUCUCCUGGCCUCAGCAAGAUGACGUCAAGGCAGUACCAGUACUUCAUCCUAACGAAGAAACCUGACCACCCAACCCACGUCAAUGCUGGGCGCAUAUGCUAUAAAUCUUCACACGCGCGCAGUUUAGACACAGUUCGCGGGACACUCGAAAAGUUGCCCGUCUUCUUCGUGGACUCAACUUCACCGUUAGAUUACAACAUAGAGGUGAGUAGCUUGGAGACGCUGAGCUACGAGGAAGCCGAGCUGCUGCAGGCCCUCUCUGAAGACGCAGAGAGGCUGAAGUGGUUCAGGGACAGAGAAGCUCUUCGAGCAGCGCUGGACUUCACUGAGGGCGUUGAAGUGACCGUGGAAGAAGGAGGAGAGAAGCUCAGAGGCACAAUUCGCUACACUGGAAUACGAACAUAUUCCUAUCCUUUAUCAGGGAGGUUCUUUGGUGUUGAACUGCAGGGAGAAGACAAGAGGAAGGGAAAUGCCAGCGCUUCCUACCAAUAUAAAGGCAUCUCGCCCUGUGCCAAAAAUUGUGACAUCAUAGUUCCAUUCUCCAGACUCAGACCUGCGGUUCGCAGCUCCUCUUCACCCUCAGUCCACGAGUCCUCCUCACAGUCCGAAGCAGAGGAGCUAAAAGUAGGGGACAGAGUCACUUACUUCCUCACCGAUGAAGGUCGUCAUGGAAUGGUCGUGGAAAUGAAGCAAAAGGAUGGACAAACUAUAGUUCGGAUCUCCACAGACAUAGAUGAGAAUGGAAAGAGAGGAGGCGAAGUAGAAGUUCCGCUGCAUGUGGUCGCUAAAGGGGAGGUGCCUCCAGAGCCAGAGAGCAUGGAAGUCGGUACACCUGCGAUGAAACCAAACGCUGGUGACCCGUGCAUGGAUCUGGGUGUGGACUCUGUGGUCGAGGUGACUUUGGCUACAGGCGAUUCAUAUGGGAUCAUCCGCUGGAUCGGCAGGCUGCCUGGCCGACAGGAGAUCAUGGCUGGACUGGAGCUGGAGGAAGACAAAGGAGUGGGUGAUGGCUCCUUCAAAAAUGAGCGCGUGUUUGUUUGUCCCCCCGGGAGAGCGCUGUUUGUGAAGCUUCGCUCCUUACGUCCUGACUCACGAUUUCAGAGCACGUCAGCCAAUCACAGCGAGAGGAUGCCAAAACGGGAAGACUCAGAGAAGGAGGCAGAGCACAGCCCAGGGAAGCUGGAGGCUGUUCCUCCAAUCAGCACGGAGCAGGUUAACCAGCUUUUGAUUGGACGAAUGAAGGGGAUCCAGGGCCACUGCAACUCCUGCUACAUGGACGCUGCCCUCUUCAGCUUGUUUUCCUGCUCCUCCGUGUUGGACUCCAUGCUGUUUAAGACAACAGAACCCAAAGACGCCCCAAUUCAGAACAUUCUGCUCCACGACAUUGUUAACCCCCUCCGCAGUAAGGGCUUUGUGGAAGGACGACACAUCAUGAAGCUGCGGCAGCAGUUGCAGAAACACGGCUACAGUCACUCGUUCACCACGGAUGAGAAGGAUCCAGAGGAGUUCCUCACUGUCAUCAUGCACCACAUCCUUGCACUGGAUCCUCUUCUCAAACUCUCAGCAGGUGGUAAAGUGCAGGAGAGUUACUGCUAUCAGAUCUUCCUGGACCAGAACCACAGCCUGGUUCUGCCAACAGUCCAGCAGCUGCUGGAACAUUCUUUCCACAGUGAAGGACUCAAGCUGGCGGAGGUGCCGUCCUGCCUCAUCCUCCAGAUGCCUCGUUUUGGGAAGAAAUUCAAAAUGUUUGACAAGAUCCUUCCCUCUCUGGAGCUGGACAUCACUGACCUCCUGUCUGAAGGUCCUCAGCAGUGCAUGGUGUGUGGAAACCUGGCGCAGGAGGAGUGCAGCGACUGUUUUAAAGGGCCCCUCUUCAGCCAGACGGGAUUCAAAAUCUUCUGCAGGACGUGUUCAGAUCAGGUGCACACUCAUCCUCAGCGCCGAUCCCAUCAACGAGCUUCUCUGGACAUUCCCAGCGGUUUCGUGGGUCGCGAUGUACCUCAUCCUCUGACCAGAGACAAACUGGAGCUGUUUGCGGUGCUGUGCAUCGAGACCAGCCACUACGUGUCCUUCAUCAAGUACGGACCAAACAGCCAAGACUGGAUCUUCUUUGACAGCAUGGCAGACAGACAAGGAGAGAGUGACGGAUUCAACAUCCCGGAGGUUCGCGCCUGCCCUGAGGUCGGCACGUACCUGAAAAUGUCUCCCACGGAGCUGGCCAGUCAGGUGCCUCGAGACAUGGAGGGUGUGGCCAAACGUCUGUUCUGUGACGCCUACAUGUACCUGUACCAGAGCACCAGCAUGUGUCUGUACCGCUGAGGGGACGCCUCCCGACCCCGCAGGAAGACGACAGGACAAAAAUACUGUUUUUACUUUUGCUGUUCGUGCGAUUUCCUCUUGCUGGGUUGGUUUGCUAAUGUUUUUAUGAUUGAGUGACAUGGACAUUUAAAACGCUUUUGGCUCGUUAAUAAGUUAUAAGAAUAUUGGUUUACUUCUGUAUUACUGAAACAAGAAAAAGUAGAAACUGACAUGACUUACUCAAUAAUUUUGCACUAUAAAGAAAAGAAAUUCAAUAUUAACGUGUCGUAUGAACGACGUGUUGCACUGUAAAAUUAAUGUUUUGUAAUUUACUCUUUGCUCUUGGUGUUCAAUAAUUAUCUUCAAAAUUUAUAUUUACAGAUUUUAUAUGAGAGUAUAUUGAAUUUGUAUUGAAUGAGUUUUGCAGAGAGCAAAACUCCACCAAAGAAGAAAAUGAUCUCGGGACGGCGUGUUGUAAUUUAAAUUACACAGCUGCUCCUUUGUAAAUACCCGCUCACAUGUUUUCUGAUUCGUGGGCGGUUAGAGUUCAGAUUGUGACUCGACCAGAGACUUUAUGUAGUUCAGUAAAAUGUGUUCGGAUUCUUGUGUUUUUGAAAUUGAAUUUAACUUGAGGAGAGAUUAUAUGCUGCUUUUUGGUAUGACGAGCUCUUUUGCAUCUGUCAGCAUCCUCACUGAUGUGAUGUUUGUGAUACAAAUUGGUCAAACUUCACGUCUGGCUGUAUUUCUUUUCCACAGUUUUUACAGGCGAUACUUUUCUAUGUAUAGAGACGAGGAUACUUUUUGGUGUAAAAAUUCAUAUAGAAAAACCAUAAAAAAGCUAAAACAAAAAAGA